GUCAAUCACAUGAUUAUCGUUCAUCACAAAAAUUCAAAAAUCAGAAAAAUAAAUAAAUAAUCUAGAAUUAUUUAAUUUCUAUUCAUUGUUUUUCCUUAUUCAAUUAGGAAUAUUACCAUAAUCAUUUCAUUUAAUUGUAGUUUUAUUGGAGGUCAAAUGAUCACAUUGGAUAAUACAAUUAGGAUAACGACUGAUAAAAAGAGAACAUUUUGGAUAUUUCAAUCCAUAAAAUGUAUGCAUGAGUUUGAAUAAGCGUGUAAAAUUAAGCAUUAUGUUGGAAGACGUGUUGGCGGUAUUGAAAAGAGUGGAUGCAGUUUGUUUCGAUGUGGAUUCAACUGUAAUUCGAGAAGAGGGAAUAGACGAGCUUGCCAAGUUUUGUGGAAAAGGUACUGAAGUAGCUAAUCUUACUAGUCAGGCUAUGAGUGGGACCAUGACUUUUCAAGAUUCUUUACAAUUGAGAUUAAACAUUAUACAGCCUUCUCUUGCCCAAGUCAAAGAUUUUAUAAGAACUAGCCCACCGACACUUACACCAGGAAUUAAAAAUUUAGUAGAUCUUUUACAUAGCCGUAACAUACCAGUUUAUCUAAUAUCUGGUGGUUUUAGAGCUAUAAUAGCACCUAUUGCUGAUCAAUUGAAAAUUCCACAAGACCAUAUUUAUGCAAACAGAUUAAAGUUUUAUUUUAAUGGCGAAUAUGCUGGGUUCGAUGCAAAUCAGCCAACCUCUAAAAGUGGCGGAAAAGGAGUUGUCAUCAACCAUUUAAAGGAAAAAUACGCAUAUAAGAAUUUGAUUUUAAUUGGUGAUGGUGCAACCGAUUUGGAAGCUUCACCUCCUGCAGAUGCCUUUAUAGGAUAUGGAGGAAAUAUUAUUAGGCCUGCAGUUAAAGCUAAAGCUAAGUGGUUUGUAACCGACUUUAAUGAAAUUACUGAUGUUAUUGUCAAUAGGCAUACUAUUUAAUGUAUAAGGUGUUAUUUUUGGAGGGUUAAAGUAGUUAUUUUUAUACUGUUUGUUAUUGAAUAAAAUAAAAUAAGAUAAAAUAUU